UAUUCCAUCUCUUCCUAUCACCAUGGGUAUAUAUAAAACUGUUGCAUUGGUCUUGACAUUCGCCACAUGGACACAAAGAUGGUCACAGAAACAUGAAGACAUAGAUUCAAUGAAGACAUCCAUUGAACAGCAGUGGGUUACUGUUAAGAUUAAACAAGAACCCAAAUCACAACCUGAAAAAAAGAGUAUUACAAACUCAAAUGAAAUGGAACAACUUGGAUUUACACCUGCGGUCGCCAUCUUAAGUGGUUCCCUCUCUCUAGAGAUUGUUUCUGUCAUUCUACUCAUCCAUAUGGUUGGAGUGGAUGUACUGACAUCUUUCUAUGAAGUGGUUCCUCAGCUCUGCUAUUUUGGCAGCAUCAUCUGGAUGUUGUUUGGAGUUGUUUUUAAAUACACCUCUAAUAAAUGUAAGAUGUCUGAGCAGCAAAGGAGUUCAGAAGAUGAACAACAAGUCAACAAGCAAUUGUCUGAAACACUGAAUAAAGUAAAAGAACACCUAGAGAACCAGAAAAAGAAUCUGGCGCAGAAACUCAGAGAGGUUGAAUUUAAAAUGCAUAUAAACAAAGAGGAACUACAGAAUGUAGAGAAGAAAAUGACUGAGAAAGAUACUUCUGAUAGCAAGAAUGACCUAUUAGAGCAAAAAGAAAGACUGCUACAGUUACAAUGGAAAUUGGAUGAGGAAAAAAAAGGUUAUGAAAGACAGUUUCUAAACACAGAGAAGUCUCUGGAACCUAUAGAGAAUGGGUAAAAUACAUAAAGAAAAAAGAUGAUGCUUAAAAAAGAACAAACAGUGGCAAAUAAGUAGAUAUGUUACACUAAUAAUUCUUUCAGCAGCAGUUGUAUACCUGCUUUCUGCACCCAGCAUCUAUGGCAUAUGUUAAAUCUUCCCGAUUUGAUGUAAUUAUAUUUUUAU